AUGGAUGACUUUGCGCGCGGAGACCCCCUAGACCAGCCGUCUUCAGAGCACCCUCACCCUCCGCCUCACGACGAAACCACCCGCCAGUUCUUCCACCACUCCAGCGCCAGGCGCACCAACACCGACACCGUCAUCGCCAAAGCGCUGCGGCAGCAGUACCCGAAUCUGUCUCUAUCCAUCGCCCCAGCGACAACAUGCAACCUGACAGGCUACGCAGCGAGCGGCCACGCCCAAUCAGCGCCAUUGCACGACAGCGACGACGACCAUGUCCCGGCAUCGCUGUCGUGGACCGUCUACCUGCCGCCUGCCAGACGCAUGGACGGAGGCCUCGGCGUCGUCGCAAAGGACACGCACUUUGAAAAGUACCUGUACCAGUGGCAGGGCCACGACUUCAUCGUCUACCUGGUCAACGGCCGUGAUGGCGGCCAGUCGUAUCCAACCAUCGUUAAUUACUAUGUGCUCUCGACGAGCGAGGAGCUGGCAACGCAGCUGAUUCUUGCGGCUGGGCGAUGGACCAGCGACUUGCACGAGGAGAUUUGGGUGUUUGACGGAGGCUACUGGGCCAAGAACGCCGAGCUCUACCAGAGUGCCAUGAAGGCGUCGUGGGAGAGCGUCAUUCUAGAUGAGGAGAUGAAGAAAGCUCUCAUUGAAGAUCAUCUAUCCUUUUUCCGGUCGAGAUCCACCUAUGACCGGCUCAAAGUGCCCUGGAAGCGAGGCAUCAUCUAUUACGGCCCGCCGGGAAAUGGCAAGACCAUAUCAAUCAAGGCGACGAUGAAUAUGCUUUACCAUUUGAAGCAGCCGGUGACGACGCUGUAUGUACGGUCGCUGAAAUCGUUCUCGGGACCAGAGAGGAGCAUUGCUAUGGUUUUUGCAAAAGCGAGAGAGUUUGCGCCAUGCUAUCUCGUCUUCGAAGAUCUGGACACCAUUAUUACAGAUGAAGUUCGCAGCUACUUCUUGAACGAGGUAGAUGGUCUGAAGAGCAAUGACGGCAUUUUCAUGAUUGGAAGCACCAAUCAUCUUGAUCGAUUGGAUCCCGGCAUCGCGAAACGCCCCUCUCGUUUCGACAGAAAGUAUCUCUUCCCAGACCCAGACCACGACCAGCGCGUCGCCUACUGCCAGUUUUGGCAAAAGAAACUAUCCGACAACAAAUCCAUCAGCUUCCCCGACAAGCUCUGCAGCGCCAUUGCAGACAUCACAGACGAUUUCAGCUUUGCGUACAUGCAAGAGGCGUUUGUAGCGGCUCUGCUUGCUAUUGCGCGAAGCGGAGGUGAUGAUGACGAGGAUGAUGAGAAUAACGAGCAGGAUGAUGCCAUGGUCAUGACGGUGGACUUGGCAGAGGACGACUGGGUCCAGGUGUUGGACAAGCCGGCUGAGGAUGAGCCGGAUUUGGAUGAGCUGCCGUUGUGGAUUGAGUUGAAGAAACAGGUUGCUAUAUUGCGGGAGGGCAUGGAGGAGCAGAAGAGGGUACAAAUGUAA